AUGGCAGCACAUAGACGAGUCCCGAGAUAUCUCAACCAGUGCCUCCCCCACCCCGACAAGGUAUUCCUUGAAGCGUGCGAUGUGUACUUUCAACACUGUCACAAUAAACCAUAUGGUUUCUUCAGCGCCAAACUUUUCAAAAUAAAACUUUCGCAAAACAGAAUCCCUUUACACCUUCGAUUGGCACUGAUAGCUUGUGCCACUCGUUAUUCCUCUCGGUCACAAUGGAAAGAGCGGAAACAGAGCACGAUCGAUGGCUACGCACGGGGUGCCUGGGAGCUUAUCAUGUCGUCACCCGAUGGCCUUGAUGGCAAUGAAGAUGUGUCGUUGAUCCAAACUCUGGCAAUUCUGGGAGUCAUCGAUGCGACUGCUGGCCGACGGAGAGGCGCAUGGGUCAAGAUUGGAAUGGCCGUUCGAAUCAGCCAAGACUUGAAUAUGAUGGCGGAACCUUGCUCUCAACUUUCUGACUUGGAGCAAGAUGAGCGAAGAAAUCUUUUUUGGUCACUUUAUCUCCUCGAUCGGUUUGUGUGCUGCUCAUUCGAUCGACCACCCGCGAUUAAGGACUCAGACUGUCUUCUCAACCUUCCUACCAACCAUGGCUCAACAAAACCAGCAACGCCUCUGAAAUUACGCCAGCUUCGUUCUCAAAGGUCACACGAUAUUUCUCAACAGUCUGGUAUGUUUGGGAUCAGUAUUGGUCUUGCUUCUGUAUUGGGACGUGCAGUGAAGUGUAUGAUGACCAAGACACCCAACUCCCACGCGCCGUGGCAGAAUGAUUCCGAAUUCUCGGCUAUAUACUCAGAUCUUGAAUAUCUCAAGGAGUUAGCCGUUAAGAAUUCCCCUGUAUUAGCCGAGCCAGGCCAGCCUCGCUCACCAAAUGACAUGCAAGAUACCGACCGUGAACAAACGGCGCAUAUGGUCUUAUCGCACACUGUUUACCAUCUUGCCCAUUGCAUCCUGAGUCACCCUUUCCUACUCGCUCUGAAGAUCCAGAACUUCCAACAUUUUGAAAUCCCGCCAACUUGGCUAGAAGAGACGCGAGCAACAUGUCUUGUACAUGCCGGAUCGUUAGUCACAGUCCUAGUUGAAGCAAAGGCAGCCGGAUAUAUGCCCGUGCCAUCUGUUUACAGUUAUUGCAUUCUACUUGCGAGUACUAUACAUGCAUUUUAUUUUUAUAGUGACAGAUCGGCAAUAAGCGCGAGCUCGGCUGAGUAUCUACGGACAGCCUUGGACUACCUGGGGGAAAUUUCAGAGCUUUGGGGUAAUGCUCAGAUGAUGGCAAAUGCGUUGAAAUCUUUCGUUAUCCAGUGCUCACGAUAUAGCGAUAUUCUACUCUGUCACAAACCACGUCUCCAUGAACUUACCCAAACGGAAAAUACCAUAUUAACAGCGGUAGUGGACUACUGGACUAUGAUGGAUCCGCGAAACCCAGUGUUUGACUUGGCGCCAUUCAAUGCGGACAAUUUCCCCGAUUUUUCUGAUACAGAGUUCGGCUAUAUAACACCACCAACUUCAUCUACACUCGGGGGGGAUUUCUUCCAGUGGUGGUGGAGCAUAAAUAAGGAGGGCCAUUCCAUUGAUCCCGAUAUCUUGCUUCACUACCCCGUAUCAAUGAUGUCUCCUAUGGCAUCAGAAGAUGGUGGCUCUCCUCAAUGGGACUGGGAUCAUGAGCUUGAUUCUGUUGCAGAAAAGAAAUGA